GUUAACAUUCAUAUUUUGUGUACAUAUCCUCGUCAAAAUCGACCGAACGGAGUUCCUGACUUUUCAUACAAUAUCAUCUGCUCGCAAUGGAAGGUAACGUUUUCAUUUCGUCUCACUUUUCUACUUCAUUCACAAUAUUUUUAGCCCAACACUACAUAAGUGUAUGUCGUUUUUUCACUGUAGACAUUUUCGAAUUAAAAAUGGUCAGAUUUUGUAUUUGGUUUACAAAAAUAGGUGUGCCGCCUCUGAUUCUGUUUCAGAGUUACUUGUUUCUACAAAAAUUUGAAUUAAACUAUUUCAUCCGGUACGGACCGAUCUUCUUCUUCAUGCUAUAUCAAUUACUCUGUACCUGGUGCCAGUCAUACACGACCAGUAUUGUUGCAAGGAAUCUUCAUUCGAUUCUACUUUGGCAAAUUGAUGAAGCAACUGAAGAGAUUAAAAAAACCCUAAAGCGAACUUGGUUUUUCAUCACACUGUACAUCGUCGUGUCUGUAGCUGUAGCUUUGCUAACCUGCCUUGCGUGCGUGGUGCAAACCCCGAAGGAAUUUUUCUUCUUUUUCGAAAUUGCGGAACAAUAUUUUCCACAAUGGAAAACUUUUUUUACGUUUACUAUCAAAUCGGCAUUGUUUGUCCUAGCGUACACGGGCGUAAGUAUUCCAGGAUUUGCAAGUUUUUAUUUUUACGGGCACAUCACUUUACAAAAACUUAUGUUAAAACACUGUUUGCAAAAUAUUAACACGAAUUAUGAUAAAGUUGACAAUGUAAGACUUAGUAGCGUCACGUACCAACGACUCAUCAAUCAAAGACUCUUGUUCUGCGUGACACGUCAUAUUGACUUCUGCAAGUAUGUAGUGAGAAUUAUGCGACUUCUAGAUGUAUACGUCCUACCAUACGAAGUCCUCGGUACUGUUGUAACGGCCAGUAUUUUCGUCUUUAGUUUUGCGUUUGAAGGUUCCUUAGCUGGUCAGUAUUUUCGAAUUGCGACUUUCGUAGCUGUAUCCUGUACCAUAGUGGUCGGUUUUGUGGUCAUUGGCCAAGAAAUCGAGGAUAUGUGGCAGGAACUUUCUGAUGCAGCAAGUGAAGUCGAAUGGUAUAACUGGAACCAAACCAAUAAACGAAUCUACCUGAUUUUUCUCACUAACACGUCCAAAGUCUAUAAAGUCAAAUUUAGCGAAAACAUUUCUGUUAAUUAUGAGUUGGGGUUACAGGUCCUAAAAGCAGUAUAUUCUGCCGCAAACAUCACAUAUAGUUUACAACACACGUAAAAAUACUGCAACAGCCCUUUGGUAUCUACAGUUAAUUUAUUAAUUCCAGACACAUUUGGAUAUCUGAAUUUAUUCUGAUUCCUUAUUGCAUUGUCAUCUUCUAAGUGAAUUAU